AUGAAGAAACCUAAUGGCACGAAUGGAGCCUCUAGCUCUCUCAAGCCACCCCCCUCAACUUUCCAACCUCUCUGCCAUCCGCUGGUGGAGGAGGUAUCCAAGGAAGUGGACAACUACUUCCUCCAGCACUGGAACUUCCCCAAUGAGAAGGCCCGCAAAAAGUUUGUAGCGGCAGGGUUUUCGCGGGUAACCUGCUUGUACUUUCCGAAGGCGCUGGAUGACCGCAUCCAUUUUGCCUGCCGUCUGCUGACGGUGUUGUUCUUGAUUGAUGAUCUGCUGGAAUAUAUGUCGUUCGAGGAAGGUUCCGCGUACAACGAGAAGCUCAUCCCGAUAUCGCGCGGCGAUGUCCUUCCGGAUCGGUCCAUUCCCGUGGAAUACAUCAUCUACGAUCUGUGGGAGAGCAUGCGCGUCCACGAUCGCGUGAUGGCAGACGAGAUCCUGGAGCCGGUGUUCCUGUUCAUGCGGGCACAGACAGACCGCACCCGAGCCCGGCCGAUGGGGUUGGGCGGUUACCUCGAGUAUCAUGAGCGUGAUGUGGGCAAAGAGCUCCUUUCCGCUCUCAUGCGCUUCUCCAUGGGGCUCAAGCUGUCUGCCUCCGAGCUUCAGCGCGUGCGGGAGAUCGACGCCAACUGCUCAAAACAUCUCUCCGUUGUGAACGACAUCUACAGCUAUGAGAAGGAGCUCUACACCUCCAAGACGGCCCAUAGCGAAGGAGGGGUGCUUUGCACCUCGGUGCAGAUCCUGGCCCAGGAGGCAGACGUGACUGCAGAGGCUGCAAAACGGGUCCUUUUCGUUAUGUGUCGUGAACGGGAGCUCCGCCACCAGUUGCUCGUUGCACGGCUGAGUGCCGAGGGUCUAGAAGCCCCUAGACUGGCGGCGUACGUAGAGGGACUCGAAUAUCAGAUGAGUGGCAAUGAGCUGUGGAGUCAGACAACGUUGCGGUAUAGCGUGGUAGUUGACUAG